GCCCGCCCCCUCGGGCGGCGGGUAGCGGCGCCGCAGCGAGGCGGCCAUUUUGUGGUGCUGCGCGGUCGGUGGCGCUGGGCUCGGCGCGCAGCGGGGCCCGGGGGCGGUUUCGCUCCGCUCUAACCCUUUGUCCCGUGCAGAGCCCUCGGUUUUUCUUGACUUCUGGUACCUCCUGUAGGAAAAGACUGUUUUCAGGUUGACUUCUUCAAAGAAUCAGAAGUCCAGGUCCAGUUGCUGCUGCAGGUACUGAUACCAGUUGUACAACAGUGUUUGGAAUGUUCGUGGCCAAAUAAGCAACGUGUUUCUUCUUGGUUUGUGGUUUCAGCACAGCAUGGCUGUGGUCAUCCACUUGCAAGGUCUUCGAUUGUGGUGGGGACCAUGGACUUCUCUGGAUUGACCAUUCCUGAUGGGGGCAUGCAUAUUGUAGGGGGUGAACUGGGGGAAUAAAAUCAGCAGUGUUGAUUUUACAAAAUGACAAAACAUCCUCCGAAUAGAAGAGGGAUCAACUUUGAGGUGGGAGCCCAGUUGGAAGCCCGUGACAGAUUAAAAAACUGGUAUCCAGCUCAUAUUGAAGAAAUUGAUUAUGAAGAAGGAAAAGUGCUUAUCCAUUUCAAACGCUGGAACCAUAGAUAUGAUGAAUGGUUUUGUUGGGACAGUCCUUAUUUGCGUCCCUUAGAGAAAAUACAGUUAAGAAAAGAAGGAUUACACGAUGAAGAAGGGUGUGCAGGUUUUCAUAUAAAUGAUCAGGUGUUGGCUUGCUGGUCUGACUGUCGCUUCUAUCCAGCCAAAGUUACGUCAGUUAACAAAGAUGGUACAUACACUGUGAAAUUUUAUGAUGGUGUAGUUCAGACUGUCAAAAACAUUCAUGUCAAAGCUUUUUCCAAAGAUCAGAAUAUUGUGGGUAAUGCUAAGCCUAAAGAAAGAGGUAAUGAAAUUCCGUCAUCUCCUGAAAAGCAGGAGAAAUUUAAAGAACAGAGGAAAGCAACAGGUAAUGCAAAGAAAGACAAGAAUGAAAAGACAUUAAAGACUGAGAAAAGGGUUAAGCAAUCUGAUAAAGAAGGAAAACUGAUAGUUAUCUCAGAAAAAGGCAAGGUCUCAGAGAAGAAUACAUCUAAGAAUGGAAAAGAAGAUAAAGAGAAUAUAUCAGAGAAUGAUAUGGAAUAUUCAGUAGAUACGCAAAUUGAGAAGAAGCCAGAGAAUGACAAUGUAAAGAGUCCCCAGGAAAAUGUGAAAGAAACUAAACGAAAACGUGGAAGACCUCCAAUAACACCUCCAACAGAGCCAAGUUCUCAGACACUGCAGCCAAUAACUUUGGAAUUAAGACGUCGGAAAAUACCUAAAGGAGGUGAAGUACCUUCAAAGCGUCCUAGGGUUGAAAGAAACUUGCCUCAGGAAAAAUUGAAGAACUCUUCAGAUAACCAUGAAAAAGAUCAGAUCAGGAGGCGGUCUUCAAGACUCUCAUCCAGUGUUAGCCAUGAGAUUUUAAACACAGAUCAUGUCACAACUUCAACAGAAGUUCAGCCUUUGAAAGAUGCAAUAUCUAACCCAAAGGAGCCUGAGAAGGUCCAGUUAGAUGUUCCUGUUGAAUCUGACCAAAGUUUCAGUGAACAAGCAUCUCCUGGAAACACAUCACAUAGCACAGUACUCAGUACAGAUGCUAAUUUGCAAGAAGAAAAAGUUGAAGACACUGAGUCUUCCUCUGCUGCUGUCAGAACUCAAGAACCUUCUGCUACAGUAACAAAACCUUUUAGGAGAGCAGAUUUUCUUGCACCAAAAAAAAAUGCAACUGUUGAUCAAGAUCACAAGUUUAAAUGCAAGUUUGUGGACUGUUCAAAAUCCUUCCGCAAAGCGAAGUUAUUGCAUUAUCAUAUGAAAUACUUUCAUGGAGUGGAGAAAGCCGCAGAAUCACAGCAGAGCCCGGUAAAAAGACAUAUUCAAACCAGAGCUUCUUUGGCUUCUGAAAGAGCUAAUCAAGAAAGGUCAAAAAGAGGACGGACCUCAACUGGUUCAUUGUAUGCUCCUCUACGCAUAGCCCUAAGGAGUACCCCAUAUAGAGAUGAAAAAAUAGAGAAGAGAAGAACAUCAGCUGCUGUAAAUGCAUUAAAUAGUCACCGAUGUUCUGUUAGAGAACAAACCAAGGAGAACCACAUAGCGAGAUCACUCCGGAAGCCUCCAGAAAAAAAAAGAGUUGAAAAUGCUGUUAAAGAAUAUGAGAAGAACAAAGAAAGAAAAUCUAAAGACUAUGGAAGGUCCAAAGCAAAGAAAAAGAAAAAAAAGAAAAAGAGAGCUAAGUCUGAGUACUCUGGUAGUGAAGAAAACACAGAUAUUUCACAGGAACUUUCUCCUGAAAAAUCAGUUGUCCCAAAAUGUAUUUCUUCAAAUAAAUCAUCUACCCACACAAGCACAGAACUGCAGUGUUCUGAGUCUGGACAGCACAGAGGAAAAUCAAAAACAAAUGAGGAAGACACCAUGAGUGAGUCAUCUAUGGAUAGCUUGCUUUGGAGUGAUGAUGACUGCAGUCAGGAUGUUGAUAUAACCACAAAUCCUGAUGAAGAAGCUGAAGAAGGGGACUUUGAGAUUGUUCGGUGUAUUUGUGAAGUAAAAGACGAAAAUGACUUCAUGAUUCAGUGUGAAGAGUGUCUGUGCUGGCAGCAUGGAGUCUGUAUGGGUUUACUGGAAGAUAAUGUACCUGAGAAAUAUACCUGCUAUAUUUGCCAAGAUCCUCCAGGUCAGAGGUCCAGCUUAAAGUACUGGUAUGAGAAGGAGUGGUUAAGUAAUGGUCACAUGCAUGGCUUAGCAUUUUUGGAAGAAAAUUAUUCCCACCAGAAUGCCAAGAAGAUAGUAGCCACUCACCAGCUUCUUGGCGAUGUACAGAGAGUGAUAGAAGUACUGCAUGGACUGCAGCUGAAGAUGAGCAUAUUAAAAAAUAAAGAACAUCCUGACCUAAAGCUUUGGUGUCAUCCAUGGAAACACAUUACAGUGGAUGAAAAAAUCCAUACGAAACACAUCAUUCACAUUGAGGAAAACUGUUGCAAAGAGGAGACGGCAAGUUAUAGAACUUGGAAUGGGACAGUUGAGAAACCCUCUGCCAUUCCUUCUGUGGAGGAAUCUUAUAUUACAAGUGAACACUGUUACCAGAAACCUCGGGCCUACUACCCUGCGAUAGAGCAGAGGUUGGUUGUUGAAACAAGAGGUUCGGCCAUGGAUGAUGGAGUAAAUAGAAUAAGAGAAAAUGGGGAUGAUGUCCUGUCAGAGAGAUUUGGUUGGAAUCUGGACCGAGAAAUAUGCAGGAUGGAAAAUGAAUCCAAGCACAACUAUUCCAAGGUAAAAGACUCUGUAUCUAAGAAAGUCUCUCCAGAGGAAGCUAUUGAAAUGAAAUUACUGGAAAAGGACAAAGAAGGAGUUGUGAACUCACAGCUGCAGUGGCAGCUUAAUCUUUUAGCUCACGUGGAAUCUCUGCAAGAUGAAGUCAUACACAGAAUGGAUUUCAUUGAGAAGGAACUAGAUGCUUUGCAGAUUUGGUUGGAUUAUAAAAUGGCAGAUUACAAAGUAUGGUAUCUCACAGGGAGGUCUUAUGGUGUGCUCUAUUGAGGUGACUUGCCUAGA